AUGUCGCUUCUUCCACCCCAAACCAUCUCGCUCAAGCGCAGGCGCACCGAAGCCCCCGUCGACGCGCUGAGAUUCGACCAAACAGAUUCAAGCAAGCGCCGGAAGAACGACUAUGCAUACAGACGUCUGACCAAGCCCAACGAUGCACCCACACCGUCAAUAACGUCACCCGUUCCACCGACAACACCGAUGGCAGAACGUAGGUUUCAACUCGAAGCCGCCUCUGCAGCAGGCGGGAAGCGCGUAUUUGUCGAAGCACGGCCAACACCACCACCACCACAACAACAACAACAACAACAACAACAGCAACAACAGCAACAACAGCAACAACAACAAAACCACACAGUCGCAAACAGCCAUAGCUAUGGCCAUCCUCCGCAACAAGCACCAACCUCAUCGUCAUCACCCUCCUCAUCAACUCCCCGCCCCAGAAAACGUCCGGGCGCCGCCAGUGCCCUGGGCCACGCCAGCAAGCCCUCCCUCCACAAUCCCAUCCGCACCGAGCCCUCCAAGGACGACCUGCGCAAACUCGAAGCCCUAUCCCAAGAAGUCGCAAACUCAGACAACCCCAACCCACACCCAACCCCCUCGCCAUCAAAAUACAAGCCCCGCGCCCCAGCCCUCCGCUUCGCACAACGGAAUCCCCACCUCGCUGAUUCCGACCCCCACCCAACCGCCAAGACCGCCACCGACACAGACCCAAUGGACCUCGACACAGACGACUUCGUAAUAGACACGUACAUUCGCGAACCGCUCGCGCCCAACGCCCCGCUCCCCCCGGGCACCGUCGGCCUCCUCGUCCUCUCCUCGAGCGACGACGACUGGUGGAACGGGUCGGACACGGCGAGCGAGGAAUUCGACACGGACGACGAGGACGAAAACGCAGAAGACUACUACGCAAAUGAUUACCCAGAGGAUGAGCUGAGCGAGGACGACGAGGCGGGGCGCCAUGUCUACCAGAAGAAGUACAGGCGGGGCAGCGAUGAGGAGGAGUGGGGAAUUGAUCUUGACGCCGACGCCGACGAGGAUGACGAUGGGGUGUUGGGGAGUGGAGAGGACGAGGAUGAUUUACAUUAUAGGAUGACGGUGCCCAAGGUCAAGAGGGCGCCGGUGGGGUAUUGGGGUGCGGCUGGGGAGGCGCUAUGA